UAGAUUUAUUGUUAAAAUUUUUUAUGCAAUUGCAGAAAAAUUAUUUUGUAUUGAAGUUGUUAAAAACUAAUUUCAAUCCAAGUUCUUUUUCAAUUUUUUAACAGCAUUUAAUCCUUACUGUAUUGACUAAAUAAGAAUAUUUACUUUUGGUGUUAUUCCAGAAUUCGUAAAACUAAUUGAAAUUUUAUUUCUCAUUGUCAAUUAAAUAUGAUUAGGUUUUUAUACUAAAAUUAAAUUUUCUGCUUUUAGUGCGAGUUCUAACCAGUUUUUCUAUUAACUUACGUAAGAAGCUGCAACUGCCAAUUUCUGCACUCCUUUUAAAUCUCCAAAGUGCAUCCUAAAACCCGAAAGUUUGAGUAAUGGCUACUGAAAAAAGAUGGACACUUAAGGAGAAAUGGGCUUUAUCUAAAUCUAUAGAAAAUUUGCCAGAUGACGACCACAAACACAUUUAUAGAAUUAUUAAGGCAAGAGAUCCAGAUACUCUAGAAGAUUGUCCGGAGGGGACGUCUAUUCAUUUUACUUUAUUGAGACCAGAAACAUUAAGAGAAUUGGAAGGCUAUGUUGCAUCACGUAGUGUAAACACACAAAGUGAAAUUAACGAAAACAACCCGGCAGAACAAGAGGAAGAAGAAAGCAGUUCCGAAUCCACCUCAAAUACAAGGAAAUCGCCUAGAAGAAAAGAAAGUGAAAUAAAAGAAAACAACCCGGCUGAACAUGAGAAAGAAGAAAGCAAUUCCAAAUCCACCUCAAGUACAAGAAAAUCACCUAGAAUUAAAAUUAUAGAAAGUGAAAUAAAAGAAAGCAACCCGGCUGAACAUGAGAAAGAAGAGAGCAGUUCCAAAUCCACCUCAAAUACAAGGAAAUCACCUAGAGGUAAAGUUAUGGAAAGUGAAAUAAAAGAAAACAACCCGGCUGAACAUGAGAAAGAAGAGAGCAGUUCCAAAUCCAUCUCAAAUACAAGGAAAUCACCUAGAGGUAAAGGUGCAACAGGAUCUGCUGAAGAAACUGGAGAAGUGAGCAUUAAAGCUCGCCUAAGAGGAACCUCUAAAAAAUUUGAAGCCGGCCUUAGCAAGUAGGAUUAGUCCUUUCGCAGCAUGAAUUUAAUGGAUUAGAGAUGAAUUUGUUCUUUAGUCGGUUAAUUGAAGAUCUACAAGGAGAAUCCAAACAAUUGAUUAGAAGAAGUCUCAUUAUAUUUGAUCUCUUUUUUUCCGUCGUUGUCUUUUAAUCGAUAUUUUUUGAAUAAUGUAUAGGUAUUUGGCAUACAAAAUUAAUAGCAUAGCCUCUAAAGUUUAAUAUUGUUUUGUAAACACAAAUAUACUUGUUUUAUUAAAAACAUAAAAUUUAUUAUGUAUAACUUGGAUUUCAGUGCAAGAUGUAAGAAUAAUUUUUCGACUACACUUUUUUAAAUGUACUUUUAAUUGAAACAGCUUUUAUUAUAAAUCCAUGAUAUUUUGAUCUCUCCGAAUUUUAUUAGCCAGUUUGGCUGUGCAUGUGUAAGCUGCCUGUUUUUGCAAUGAUUGAAUGUAUACUCGAGCUCUAUUAUUGAUACAUUUGCAUUUAAAAUAAUUUUUAAUGAUUGUCUUAUAAUUUGCGCUUGAUAAUUUAAAGAUUGCCUUUUGCAUUAAGAUGAAUUUAUUAAGUAUUUUGUAACAUUUAUUUAAUGCAAUUUGUGAAUAAAAUAACUAGUUUAUUAUA